AAGAUAGGAGUCAUGUGACAGUUUCAGUCUCAUCAGGCUUCCUUUACGAUCCCACAUGGAGGUUUUCCAGUCUGUGUUGCUAUCUCUCCUGAAGCUACAGCAGAAAAUCUAAUUCUGAGAAUGCCUAGAACUUGGGUGAGAAAAACAGAUCAUGGAGUCGAUGCCAGUCUUUUAAAAAGAGCAGCAGAGCAAGUUAGGAAAGGAAAGUCUGUUAGGGCAGUGGCAAAAUCCCAUGGAAUCUGCCAUGUAACCUUGAACAGAUAUUGGCAGAAAUAUAAAGAACUGAAAGACCAGGGAUCGAGGGACCUUCCUCGUGUAGGAUACUACAGUCCUCACCAGGUCUUCACCAGGGAGCAGGAGGAGACUUUGUCACAGUAUAUAAGCCAGGCAGCCGAUAUAUACUAUGGGCUAACUCCACGUGAGGUCAGAAAGUUUGCCUAUCAACUCGCGGUGGAAUUCAACAUACAGCAUCCACAAACCUGGGAUGAGAAGAAAAUGGCGGGGCCUGAUUGGUUUAGCUCGUUUAUGAAGCGGAACCCCAGACUUUCAGUGAGGAGUCCACAGGCAACUAGCCUUUCAAGAGCUACCAGUUUUAAUCGUGCUAAUGUGGAACUCUUCUUCAGUCAACUGGGGGAGGUGAUUGAUAAAAAUGGGUUUGAUGGCAGUGACAUAUGGAAUGUCGACGAAACCGGUGUGACAACUGUCCAGGCACCAUCCCGAGUCGUAGCACGCUGGGGUAUGAAGCAGGUUGGUGCCAUGACAUCGGGGGAGAGGGGCACACUUGUUUCAGUUGCAUAUGCUGUGCAAGCUCUGGGGAAUACCAUUCCUCCAUUCUUUGUGUUCCCUUGUAGGAAUUUUAAAGAUCACUUUGUUCAGAGCGGGCCAUUGGGGAGUGCAGGAAGAGCUAAUUCAUCAGGCUGGAUGCAGGAAGAGGAUUUCCUAUCAUUCCUCGUUCACUUUGUGAAGCAUACAAAGGUCAGUCCAGAAAGAAAGGUGUUGCUCCUGCUUGAUAACCACUCUUCCCACAUCUCUGUGAGAGCUGUGGAUUUUUGCAAAGGCCAUGGAAUUGUACUACUUACGUUUCCACCACAUUGCAGCCAUAAACUCCAACCACUUGAUCGUAGUGUGUUUGGUCCGUUUAAAAGGAUGGUGAAUUCGGCGAGCGAUGACUGGAUGAGGGGAAAUCCAGAUAAAACUAUGAGUAUUUACGACAUUCCAGGCAUUGUGAGGAUCGCCCUGCCUACAGCCGCAACACAGAAAAACAUACAGGCCGGCUUCCAGUGUACAGGCAUAUGGCCAUACAAUUGUAAAAUUUUUCAGGACUGUGACUUUGCGCUUUCUCAAGUCACAGAUCGUCCUGAUCCGUCUGGGGCUCUUCAACAGAACUCCUCUCCAUCUCACCUGCCACCCGGCUCCUCUCCUCCUUACCUGCCGCCCGGCUCCUCUCCAGCUCACCUGUUGCCCGGCUCCUCUCCAGAUCACCUCUCGCCCGGCUCCUCACUAUCUCACCUGCCGCUCGGCUCCUCGCUAUCUCAUCUGCCGCCCAUCUCCUCUCCUCCUUACCUGCCGCCCGGCUCCUCUCCAGCUCACCUGCCGCCCGGCUCCUCUCUAUCUCACUUACCACCCGGCUCCUCUCUAUCUCACCUGCCGCUCGGCUCCUCGCUAUCUCAUCUGCCGCCCAUCUCCUCUCCUCCUUACCUGCCGCCCGGCUCCUCUCCAGCUCACCUGCCGCCCGACUCCUCUCUAUCUCACCUGCCGACUGGCUCCUCCUUACCUGCCGCCCGGCUCCUCUCCAGCUCACCUGCCACCCGGCUCCUCUCCAGCUCACCUGCCACCCGGCUCCUCUCCAGCUCACCUGCCGCCCGACUCCUCUCUAUCUCACCUGCCGACUGGCUCCUCCUUACCUGCCGCCCGGCUCCUCUCCAGCUCACCUGCCGCCCGGCUCCUCCCUAUCUCACCUGCCAACCGGCUCCUCCUUACCUGCCGCUCGGCUCCUCUCCAGCUCACCUGCCACCCGGCUCCUCUCCAGCUCACCUGCCACCCGGCUCCUCUCCUCCUUACCUGCCGCCCGGCUCCUCUCCAGCUCACCUGCCACCCGGCUCCUCUCCAGCUCACCUGCCACCCGGCUCCUCUCCAGCUCACCUGCCGCCCGGCUCCUCUCUAUCUCACCUGCCAACCGGCUCCUCCUUACCUGCCGCUCGGCUCCUCUCCAGCUCACCUGCCACCCGGCUCCUCUCCAGCUCACCUGCCACCCGGCUCCUCUCCAGCUCACCUGCCACCCGGCUCCUCUCCAGCUCACCUGCCACCCGGCUCCUCUCCUCCUUACCUGCCGCCCGGCUCCUCUCCUCCUUACCUGCCGCCCGGCUCCUCUCCAGCUCACCUGUUGCCCGGCUCCUCUGUUAAUUUGCUCUCACUCACACACACACACACACACACACACACUCAUAUGAAUGUGCACGUACAGACAUGCACACACAAAUGUACACGUGUGCAUGCACAAAAACACACAAUAUGCUCAUACACUCCCCAUAUUCACACAUAUUUUAUUGUUGCAGCCAUUCAUUUAAAAUAAAACUGUUGUUGUGGCAUAUCA